GGGUUCAUGCCUCGUGGAUAUUCACACAUGCUAAACUACUCCUCCAACAGAUCGGUUAUUGAUUAUCUUAGCGAUUAACCGUCCAAUCACCAAAAUGGAUGAAUGGGUCAAUUCGAUCGGGUAACCGGACUAUUAACUUGCUCGAGAAUCGUGAUAGUUUUUCCUUCCUAGUUUUCCUACCCAUGGUCAGAAACGCCGGCGUAACGUCCCCAUCGGACUGACUCCCGCACGUGAUGUACGUACACGCAGGUCUGAUUCAUCAUCCCCACCCUUUGCUAUUUUCGCAGAAAAAUUUCAAGCGAAGAAACAAGAGCAGGAAAAUAACAGUUGUUUAGCCAUUACAAAACCGUUGGUGGGAUCCCUUUGAACAUGAAACCUUGGUUACGUGUCAUGAAAGUACGAGAGAACAAACAACAAGACAAAGAGUGAAAGAGAUACGACCAACUGUUUUGUCUAUUCAAAUGGUUAGAUUCCGCAAUUUAGUAUCCAGACGAUAGAAUCACGAGCACUUGUCGUUAGUGCAGACAAAAUGAAUUCAACAAGUUUGGUACAAUUCAACACUUAAAAAACAGAGCACUCUGUUCACUCAUUUCAUUAUCUCCAAAAAACAGAGUCCCCACUUUUCACAAUCAGGAGCGACCAAUGGGCCUCUCCGGCGAGCAGUAUGACGUGAUAGUGGUUGGAGCCGGGAUAAUGGGUAGCUCCGCGGCUUACCAACUGGCCAAGAGAGGCCAGAAGGUGCUCCUGCUGGAGCAAUUCGACUUCCUCCACCACCGCGGCUCGUCGCACGGCGAGUCGCGGACCAUGAGGGCGACUUAUCCGGACGCUUACUACUGCGACAUGGCGGUGGAAGCGUCCCGGCUCUGGGAGGAGGCCGAAUCGGAGAUGGGUUACAGGGUCUACUUCAAGUGCCCGAAUUUCGACAUGGGGCCCGCGGAGAACAAGAGCCUCCGAACCAUCAUCUCGAGCUGCAGGGAGAGGUCCAUCGACUGUCGGGUUCUCGACCACCGUCAGGUGGAUGAGGAAUUCAACGGUCGAAUUAGGAUCCCGGAGGACUGGAUCGGGGUCUGCACGGAGCUCGGCGGGGUGAUCAAACCCACCAAGGCGGUUUCGAUGUUCCAAACCCUGGCGUUUCGAAACGGCGCGGUGUUGAGGGACCGCACGGAGGUGAAGGAGAUUGUUAGGGAUGACGUGAACGGCGGAAUUUUGGUGGUCGGUGACGGCGAGGGAGAUAAAUUUUGGGGGAGGAAGUGUGUGGUUACCGUUGGAGCUUGGACGGAGAAAUUGGUGAAGAGGGUGAGUGGGAUUGAGCUUCCCGUCCAGCCGGUGGAGACGACGGUGUGUUACUGGAGAGUAAAGGAAGGGCAGGAAGGUAAAUUGGCGAUCGGCGGGGGUUUUCCGACGUUCGCCAGCUACGGGAGGCCCGGGGUGUACGGUACGCCGGCGCUGGAGUUUCCGGGGCUGAUCAAAGUAACGCUGACCGGCGGGUACCCGUGCGACCCGGAUAAGAGACCAUGGGGACCCGGGAAGCCGACGGAGGAGAUGGAGGAGUGGAUCGAGUCGACGUUCGGCGGGUUGGUGGAGACCGGCGGCGGUCCGGUGUCGAAGCAGUCGUGUAUGUGCUGCAUGACGCCGGACAAGGAUUACGUGAUUGAUUUUCUGGGCGGGGAGUUUGGGAAGGAUGUGGUCGUCGGCGGCGGGUUUUCGGGUCACGGGUUCAAGAUGGGCCCCGCCGUCGGGAAGAUGCUGGCCGAUCUUGCCGUUGAAGGGGAGGUGAAAGGAGCUGUGGAGGAAGAAACUCUCCGGUAUUUCAGAAUACAGAGAUUUGUAGAGAAUCCACUUGGGAACCCCAAGGAUUUCCUGUAACUGAAGGAGUAAUUGAGGUUUCAAUAAUCAUUGUAAGGAAGAACUAUUCAUCCGAUUUAAUAAACCGCGACCAAAGGAUUGGUCUAGUGGUAAUUCGAGUAAGAUCGGCAAUCGAAAGCUUUCAAAACUGGGAGAAAAUAUGAACUGAAUGAGAUUUUUUACAAUAUACAAAUCGCACAGGGAGUGUUUGUAUGGGUCUAUACCAAGCCACAAAUGAAAGUUGUAUAACAAAAAGAAAUCUUCUUGUAAUGAAUCAAUGGCACUAAG